CACUAACUACACUAGUACUAUACAUACAUAUGAUACAUUCUAUGCGUUAACGUUACGACGUUCAUGUCUGUUCUUCUUCAGCGAUUUUUUCGAUCGGAUUAACAACACAAGCAGUUCAUAAUUAGCAGCCAUGGUGUCUAAAUCAGCCAGUGAUUCAUCGUCGAAAGCUAAAGUCAGUGAUGUAAUAGCAUCUGUAAAACAAAAAAUACUUAAAUUGGAAAAGCAGAUUCAAGCAGACAGGAUUCAGUAUGUCAAAGAAAUAUUUCAGACAAACAGACAAAAGCUAGACACUCAUUUAUCUUUUGUGCCAGCAGACGGAUCCAACUAUGAUAUUUCAUCGGCAGAAAAAAGUAAUUUGGGCAACAUGCUUUUUUCAAAAAUAGAAAACCCUCUCCAUAUAUACAGAGGAAUUGCUCAGGGACUGGGAGACAGAGAAGUUUUCAGCUGUCAAGAUGCUACAUAUCCGACAAGUGCCACACUUCCACUUGUUGAAAAGAUACCAUCUUAUACUACAUGGAUAUUUUUGGACAGGAACCAGAGGAUGGCCGAAGACCAAUCAGUUGUUGGGAGGAGACGUAUUUACUAUGAUCAGAAUGGAAGUGAGGCACUGGUGUGCAGUGACAGCGAGGAAGAGAUGACAGAACCUGAUGAAGAGAAACAUGAAUUCUCUAAGGAGGAAGAUCAUAUUAUAUGGACAAUUGCCGAAGAACAUGAACUAAGUGAUGAAGUGCUGAACGUCUUGACACAUUAUAUUAGUGGAACCUCUUCUGAAAUUAUGGAACGCUACAACGUGCUCAAGAGAAGCCACGAGGAAAAACAAAGACCGAAUCCCAGUUCUGAGGAAAAAAGGCUCGACACAAGCAUGUAUCUAGAAAAAAGCCUUGGUGCUAAUUUGGAUUCUCUAGAUAAUCUUUUCUGUCGUCGUUGUUUGGUAUUCGACUGUCGACUGCACGGUUGUUCUCAAGGUCUAGUUAAUUCUACUGAAAAACAGCCAUAUGCAUCUGAAUCUGAAGACGAUGGCAAACCAUGCAGUGACCAGUGCUAUCUCCAGUUAAGAAUUGCCAAAGACUUGCCUGAUACUUCACUCGCCAAUUCAUCCGCUAAGAUUGAAAGUAAAGAAGAGGAAUGCUCGGAUCCAAUUUCCUCAAAUGAUGGUGAAUCAGGGAAACGCAAGUGUUUAACGCAAACAUCCGAGUUUCAAGAGAGUUUGACAGGUUCUUCUAAUGAUUCUCAAGUUUAUAAUAAGAAACAAAAAGUGUUAUCAGGUCCUACUGAAGUUGCAACGGAUGCCAAAACUAGUUUAGCUGAGGAUGACAGGUCUAGUACCAAAUUAGCAGAUAUGGACAUUAUUGAAAUCGAUAAAGACGAUUUCGGUUCAUCCACCAAACAUGUUGGCAGUACAUCAUCUAGCCAUGAUUCAAACAAGGCUCCUGUAUUUGUAGGUUCUCAGGCAAAAGGGGUAGUAAGUAGCAACGAGUGGAAACCCCUUGAAAAAGACUUAUAUUUAAAGGGCAUAGAAAUUUUUGGAAGAAACAGUUGCCUAAUAGCAAGGAAUUUACUUCCUGGCCUAAAGACUUGCUCAGAGGUAUCUGCUUACAUGAAUCAUGAUGCAGCAGCAAUGUCUCACGGAUCUACUGCCCUAUCAAAUUCCUUUUUCGAUGGUGAUGGGAAUGUUGAUGCAAAAAAACUGGAACAAGGUCUUCAGGCAAGGUCGCGUUUAUUUCGUAGAAGGGGCAGAACACGGAAGCUCAAAUACUCUUGGAAGUCUGCUGGCCAUCCAUCAUUUUGGAGAAGGAUUGCAGAUGGAAAAAAUCAGUCUUGUAAACAGUAUAUACCAUGUGGAUGCGACUCUAUAUGUGGAAAACAGUGCCCCUGUCAUCAAAAUGGAACUUGCUGUGAAAAAUAUUGUGGGUGCUCCAAGAGCUGCAAAAAUAGGUUCAGAGGAUGUCACUGUGCAAAAAGUCAGUGUAGAAGUCGGCAGUGUCCAUGUUUUGCUGCUGGACGUGAAUGUGACCCUGAUGUUUGCCGUAAUUGCUGGGUUAGUUGUGGUGAUGGCUCAUUAGGUGAGCCACCUCGACGAGGAGAUGGCCAUUGUGGAAAUAUGAGACUCCUCCUUAGACAGCAGCAAAGGAUCCUCUUGGCAAAAUCUGAUGUUGCUGGAUGGGGAGCCUUUCUGAAGAAUCCCGUCAACAAGAAUGACUAUCUUGGAGAAUAUACUGGUGAAUUGAUCUCACACCGAGAAGCCGAUAAGCGAGGGAAGAUCUAUGACCGUGCUAACUCUUCGUUCCUUUUUGAUUUGAAUGAACAGUAUGUCCUUGAUGCUUACCGCAAAGGAGACAAGCUGAAAUUCGCAAAUCACUCGUCAAAUCCCAACUGCUAUGCAAAGGUUAUGCUCGUGGCAGGUGAUCAUCGAGUUGGCAUUUUUGCCAAUGAGCGUAUUGAAGCGAGCGAAGAGCUAUUCUAUGAUUAUCGUUAUGGACCUGAUCAAGCACCGGAAUGGGCUCGUAGACCUGAGGGUUGGAAGGGAGAUGAUGCGUCAAUUCCUCAAGGUCGGGCCAAGAAACACCAGUCUCAUUGAUUUUUUACCAGUUCUGGCGGCACAGUUGUGGAAAUUGCAAGAUUCAUGUCCCCCUCGGAGUGGAUAUAUAUAUACACAAUAAGUAUACAAAUAUAUCGUGUUAUAGCUAAUUCAUUUCAGCUGUGAUGUAGAAAUGAUGAUUCCUUUUUCCUUUCCCCUUUUUAAGGAUCUUGUGAAAUCAAAUUUCUGGUAUGUUUCUUACAGAAUAAGUUCUAGAACAGCUGUCUUUGAUGAUACACAUGUAGCAGCAGCAAUAAGAUAGCAGAAGUUUAUUUUUAAAAGUAAUUUUUGAAGAUGGCAAAA